UCGGCUCUGGGGAUAUUUAUAAACCCGAGCUAGGGUUUUGCGAUUGGUACAGGUUUCCGAAGCAUUGGGGCGGUAGGGUUUGUUUGUGAGGGCCGAAAUUAGGGUUUCGUGGCGAUGGGGAGCGUGGAUCGAGUCGAUGAUAGGACAUUUAGGGUUAAUCUGACGGGCAAUUCAGUCAUCAAGUUGAGAGAGAGUGUGAGAGAAAAGCUUAAGGAGUUCAUGGGGGAUUACACCGACGACACUCUUGUGGAAUAUGUUAUUGUCCUUUUAAGGAAUGGCAGAGGCAAAGAAGAAGCAAAGAAUGAGUUGAACGUGUUUUUGGGGGAUGACAGUGAUUCUUUUGUUUCUUGGUUGUGGGAUCAUCUGGCUUCAAAUUCGGAUUUGCAUCUACAAUCACAAGAUUCUGAGAUUGAGGAUGUGAGUAAAAGAAAAACGACAUCAGGUGACUUAAUUGGAAAAAGUGAUUCUUAUCAUUUGAGUUCUGAGCCAGAAAGAGAGAAGUCUAAUAAUAAGGUAACUAGAAGCCGUCACAAUAGGGAAUGGAAAGGAUUAGCGAGGGAUGAAGCCGAACCCCCUCCUUUUCGAAGCUCUGAGAUUGGAGAUAUUCAUGUAGAAGAUAAAAGUCAUAGCAAAGUCAGUCGUGCAAAGUCUCCUUCACGUCAAUCUGCAGCUCAAAGGAAAAGGAUUCGGUCCGAUGAGCGACAUAAUACAGAGAGGGAGCCAGUUUCUCAAGUGCAAGUUGAUGCCCCUCGACGGCUACUCCAGUUUGCCAUGCGUGAUGCACUGACAACCUCAAGGCAAUCCAAUUCAGCAACGCAGCCCACAUUGAAGCGUCUUCGUUCUGUGGUAUCUACACCCACUGUUGACUCAUCAUUGGUUGAUCGUCCUCGACGGAUUCAGUCUGUGGCCAGGGUGCCAAAUCCCAUGUCAACUGUGAUGAAAGCUGUUGCAGAAGCUGCUGAGGAUGUAACAAGAGUCAAACCUUCAGGAAGUGUGUUUGACCGACUUGGUCGUGGUAUGGAGUUUUCUGAGACCAGUGUGCCUCUUGCAUCAUUUAGAGAUGCUGCUACCGGGGAUGUUGAAUUUGAAGACAACGUCCAACUUCUUGAGCAAACACAAUCGUCGUAUCUGGCUAGAAGUCAAUAUAGUGGACAGUAUGUAGGGAAUGCUAUGCUAGAAAGUGAAACUGGUUUGGCUUCUGAUUUUAUAUCGGACAAGGAAGGGUUUGAUGAUGUUAAUGUUAUGGGUCGUAGUGUUACUGAUGUUUCUCAAACUGGGACAUUCGGUGGAAGCAAGGGUGAAAAUUCACUGACGUCGGGGUACAAUGUGGCGAAGAAUGUUGAUGAUGUUAUGCGGCUAUCCAGGAAUACAGAUCAUGGCCAACCUAUUGCAGCUGCGAAUUCUUCGCAUAAGAUUAUGAACAUAUCUGUGAAUGUCAAUACGUGGAAACCACCCCAUUAUCAGGAGCCAAGAGAAGUUGCCGAUGAUGAUUGGAAAUCCUUACAGGAUAGUGCGGCAGGGGUUUCCAAAUCUGGUUUGCAUGUGAUGAAUGAGAAUGGCAAUCCUGUCGGAGCAAGUAAUGGAAAUGCAAUACCCGCUGCAGAUUCUCAGAAGAUGCUUUCCUCUUCUAGUGGUCUAUAUGCCAGUGGGGGGCGCCCUUUGGAGGAUGCAGAUUCUCGAACUAUCUUUGUUAACAAUGUCCAUUUUGCUGCUACAAAAGAUAGUCUUUCUCGACAUUUCAACAAGUUUGGGGAAGUGCUAAAAGUAGUGAUAGUCACUGAUUCGGCAACUGGGCAACCUAAAGGGUCGGCUUAUGUAGAGUUCACACGGAAGGAAGCGGCAGACAAUGCAUUAUCUCUGGAUGGAACCUCUUUCAUGUCACGGAUCCUCAAGGUUGAAAAGAGGGGAGCUGCACAUCAAGAAGCUGCUCCUGGCAUGAUGUGGCCAAGGGUUGCCCGGGGCUCUCCAUUUGCCACUGCCAGGUUUGGUAGGUCCCCUUUCCCGAGAGGCAUGUCUGGUGCGUAUAGGCCUCGUCCCCUAAUCAAGCCUGGUGCCAGGAGCUUGCAGUGGAAGCGUGAUACUCAGGCCACUCCAGGUGAGACGGGUUCUCCAGCCACUGCCAGUGCUGUUCCUUCUCCAACAGCUCGCAGUUUAACCUACGUUCGAACAGAACCUAAGCCAGAGGGGAACUAGUCCCGAAAGUGAUGUUACCUUCUGCGAUAUGCCCGACUUGAAAUGCUCGAGGUCCUCGAAAUUCCAAUAAAUUGGAUUAAAUUCUUUUUGUAUAUGGUCGAGAACAUUUUUACAUGGAGGCGGAAGAAGUGAAGGCGAGGGCUUCCCCACUCGCAAAUUUUGGUUUAGAGAUCAAAGGGACUUGUUAUGGCAUAUGGGGAUAAAGCGAUGGAAAAUAUUUUUGGAGAUAAAGAGGAGUAUUCAGCUUUUGCGUGUGUCAUUCGAAUUUGUGUAUAGGCCGGACAGAUUAAUGCUUUCUUUUUUCCAAGGAUAUUAACUUUAUUAUUAAUCUUUUUUUAAUAUUUAUAUUUUGAUAAAAAAAAAUGAUAAAUGGGGAAAAAGAGAGAUUAGUAUGUGCUUCCA